AUGCUUCGCAAGGUUGAGGACCGGUUGAGCGCCCUGCCGGACGAUCUCCUCCAUGCCGUCCUUUCGCGCCUCAAGGCCCGGCAGGCCGUGCAGACUUGCGUGCUCUCCACGAGGUGGAGGUACCUAUGGCGCUCCGUGCCGCGCCUCGACAUCGACCAGCAGGAGUUCCGUCCCGCCGGAGAUGACUACUCCAUCCGCGAGGUCCAGAGUUUCAAGAACUUCGUCCACAUCCUCCUGCACCGCCACGACGUGGCACACCUGGAAGAGUUCCGGCUGGAUGUAAGCUAUGCCAUCCGCAAGUAUGCCGACAGUUGGGUCCGCCAUGGCAUAGGCCAGGACGAUGUAUGGCCUUGCCGGCUCAAAAGGUUGCAUCUCCGCAACGUGAUCCUGGACGAUUACUUCGCGAGGCACGUCAGGUUCCGGUGCCCUUCUCUCCAAGAGAUGGAACUGACCAACUGCACCAACCUGCUCUCCGAGGCCAGUGUGAUCACCCCCUCUUCGCUGAAGAAAUUGGUUGUCAACGAUUAUUUGGGCGGUACUCCUUUCGGCCUGAUUCUCGAGGCUCCUGCUCUUGCUUCCCUCUGCCUCGCUGGGUAUGUUGAUUUCAUUGUUGAGAACGAGACGCCACUUACUUUGCCGUCUCUUGUCGAUGCAUCGAUUUAUAUGCAUGAGAUCAAAAUGUUGAAUGACGGCAUCUUUCUACGCGAAGACAGAACUGGGAACCAGAUGCAACUUCUUCGCAAGCUGGCCAAUGUGACGACGUUGGAGUUGUCUGGCUUAGGGGUGUUUCAGGUCCAUGAUGACUGUUUGGGCUUAAAUUUCCCUCAGUUCACGAACCUAAGAACACUGUCCCUGGACCAUUGCGAUCUUUGUGACAACUUCCUACUGUUGAAGCAUUUCCUGCGCAACUCGCCUAAUCUGAUGAAGCUCGUUCUGUACUGCUGCAAGCUGUCGGAUCCCGAACCCAGAGAGGGGGUGUUGAAGAACAUUGCUUCAUACCCCCAAGACAUGGGGGAUGUCAUAUACGAGAACCUCAGGCUCACCGAGAUCAUAUACAGAUUUGACGAUGUCCACUUACUGGUCGAGUUUUUGCUGGGCCUGUCGAGGAACCUGCCAAAUAACAAGGUCGAACUUUCUGGAGUUGAUUACUAG